CUCUGUUUUCGCCACAAACUCUCUCUCUCUCUCUCUCUCUCUCUUCUACUUCACAGUUCACUGACAGUACUCUCUUGACCAACCCCAAUAUCUCUCUCUUCAACUUCUUUUUCAAAGAAUCCACAGCUUUCUAUUAAUGGAACACCAAAUCUUUCUUGUCUUCUUCUUCUUCUAUCUCUUCUCUCCCCUUCUCAUCUUCCCCAAAAUCCUUCACUUUUUCUGAAGGAAAAAAAUAUCAAAAAAUCAAUGGAAACUAAAACCAAAACCACUCACACUCUCUCUCUACCUUUCUCUCUCCUCCACUUGUCACUUCUUCUCCAUCUCUCCAUAGCUUUCACUCCUCUAGAUAACCAUCUCAUUAGCUGUGGAUCAAUCGCGAACACACCUGUGGAUAACAGGGUCUUCGUUGGUGACUUGACGAAACCCAACUCGGUUUCUCUUUCUUCAGGUCAAUCAAUCUCUCUCACCAAUCCAAACCCAUCUUCAAAUUCAAUUCCACUUUACCAAAAAGCCAGAGUUUUCACCAGAGCUUCGAGCUACGAGUUCGAAAUCAAGAAAAUUGGAACUCACAUGGUACGUCUUCACUUCUCUCCAUUCAUUUCUCAGAGUUAUGAUCUCAACACUGCAAAUUUCAGUGUUUCGGCUAAUGGGUUUUCGAUUUUGAGCCAUUUUGGUAUUAGCUCCACUGUGCUUAAAGAGUUCAUUUUGAUGAUCAAUGUUGUGAAAUUUGAAUUGUUGUUUGUGCCUACGAAUCAAUCUGGUUUUGCUUUUGUUAAUGCAAUUGAAGUGUUUUCGGUUCCUGAUGAUCUCAUUUUCGAAUACGAAGCUAAAUUGAUUGGUCCUAAUGGAGAUGAAGUGUUCGACAAUAUGUCUAAACAGAUUUUAGAAACUGUUCAUAGGAUCAAUGUUGGGGGUUCGAAAUUAACCCCUUUCAAUGACACCCUUUGGAGAACUUGGAUCCCUGAUGAGGAUUUUCUACUUCUGAAAUCGGCUGCAAAGAUUGCGAGUACUACUCAUACGCCAAACUACGAAAAUGGCGGUGCAAGCAGAGUGAGUGCUCCAGAUAACGUUUACAUGACUGCACAACAGAUGAAUAGGGAUAAUUUAACUACAAAUGCAGAAUUCAAUUUAACUUGGGAUUAUCCAGUGGAUUUGGAAUCUGCUCGAUACUUUGUUCGUUUGCAUUUCUGUGAUAUCGUUAGUCAAUCCCUUAACUUGCUUUACUUCAAUGUGUUUAUCAACGGGUUUAUUGCGUACAAAGAUCUUGAUCUGUCUUCGCUUACAUCCCACACGCUUGCAUCUCCGCGUUUCAUAGAUUUCGUUGUGGAUUUGGAUAAUUCAGGAGUUGUGCGGAUUAGUGUUGGUCCUUCUGAUCUUAGUAGUUUGUUGAGAAAGAAUGCUAUUUUGAAUGGGGUAGAGAUCAUGAAGAUGGUGAAUUUUAUGGGUUCAGAAGAUCGGUCCAAGAAGAUUAGUAAUUGGGUUUUGGUAGGUUCAAUUGUUGGAGGCUUUGCUUUUUUGUGUGUGGUAGCCUUCACUGUUUUACUGAUAUUGCGAAGAGUAAGGCAGAAACAAAAACUAAAAAAAACAGAAAGUAUGGGUUGGACGCCUUUACAAGCACACAGAGGCAGUUCGCUUAGUAGGCUGUCUGAAGGGACUGCCCUUGUAUCCCCAGGAUCGAUCCCUUUUGCUGAAAUACAAUUGGCAACAAACAAUUUCGACAAAAAUCUUAUUAUUGGUUCUGGUGGAUUUGGCAUCGUUUACAAAGGGGUCCUCCGAGACAACACAAAGGUGGCGGUGAAGAGAGGUGUACCAGGAUCUAGGCAAGGCCUCCAUGAAUUCCAGUCUGAAAUAACAGUUCUGUCAAAAAUUCGACACCACCACCUUGUUUCACUUGUUGGGUUUUGUGAAGAACAGUCAGAAAUGAUACUUGUCUACGAAUACGUGGAGAAAGGGCCAUUGAAAAAACAUCUAUAUGGUUCAGGACUACCGCCUUUGUCUUGGAAGCAGAGGCUCGAAAUUUGUAUUGGUGCUGCGAGAGGCCUUCAUUACCUUCACACGGGUUUGGCACAGGGAAUCAUCCACCGCGACAUCAAAUCCACCAACAUUUUGCUCGAUGAGAACUAUGUCGCUAAGGUUGCUGAUUUCGGGCUCUCAAGGCCUGGUCCGUGUCUCAAUGAGACCCACGUGAGCACCGGUGUCAAAGGCAGUUUUGGGUACCUUGAUCCAGAGUAUUUUCGCAGGCAACAACUUACGGAUAAAUCAGACAUUUAUUCAUUUGGGGUUGUGCUCUUUGAAGUUCUUUGUGCUAGACCCGCUGUUGAUCCAUUGCUUGCAAGUGAGCUUGUCAAUUUGGCCGAGUGGGCAUUGGAAUGGCAAAAGAAGGGCUUGCUUGACCAGAUCAUUGAUCCGUAUCUUGUGGGGAAGAUAAAACCGACCUCUCUGAGAAAAUUUGGUGAAACAGCCGAGAAAUGCUUGGCUGAGUAUGGUGCAGAUAGACCUACGAUGGGCGAUGUGUUGUGGAAUUUGGAGUAUGCACUUCAGCUUCAGGGGAAUGGAAGGCAAAGAGGAGCUCAUGAAGAGAGUGGUGUAAAUGCUCAAGAACUCCCAGCGGCUAGGGUUGUGCCCCGAGCUCUGUCAAGCGAUGGUGGAAUUGAGAGAGAUGAUGGUGAUGGGGUUUCAGAUAUAUCGGGAAGCCAAGUUUUUUCCCAAUUGAUUACUAAUGAAGGUAGAUAGUUCAGAUGAUUAUGAUGGGAUGUGUUCGAAAUUACGAUAAAAUAUGCUCAAAAUUAUGAUUCAAUCAGAUUGUGUUGCAACUCUAAUAACGCAUUGAGGAGUAACUCGGAGUUGUGGUUCAAUGUGAAUUUUGUCGUAACUUUAACCACAAGACAUCGUAAAAAAAGGGGGUGAGUCAUGUGACAUCGUAAGAAAGGGGGUGAGGGCGAAAGACGAUCAUGAUAGUUUAUAGGUUAUAUUGUAAAAUAAGUUCAAGCACAGCAUGAGCUACAAUGCCCAAAAUUUAUGUAGAAACAUACAUACAUUCUGAGGUAUCAAAUGAAGUUUUAGCAAUAUUUUGUUUCAA